CCUCGGGCCCGCCCCCGGCGCGGGGACGCCGCGCACCGCCCUCGGGCGGGGCCGGGCUGAGGGCGCGGGCGAGUGCGGCGCCGGCCCUCAGAGGUGCUGGCGCGCGGGCCGAGCCGCGCGGGUCCGCUGAGCUCAGGGCGCGUCGCGGGAGGGCGGCACGGCGCGGCGGGGCGAUGAGCGGCGCCCGGGGCGAGGGCCCGGAGGCGGGCGAGGCCGAGGUGCGCCCGGCGCCCGAGGCCCCCAGCGCCGCGGCGAGCGUGGACGUGCCGGGGCUGCUGGCGCAGCUGGCGCGCGGCUUCGCGCUGCUGCUGCCGGUGUACGCGCUCGGCUACCUGGGGCUGAGCUUCAGCUGGGUGCUGCUGGCGCUCGGGCUGCUCGCCUGGUGUCGCCGCCGCCGCGGCCUCAAGGCCGGACGCCUGUGCCGCGCGCUGGCGCUGCUGGAGGACGAGGAGCGCGCCGUGCGCCUGGGCGUGCGCGCCUGCGACCUGCCGGCCUGGGUUCAUUUUCCAGACACUGAAAGAGCAGAAUGGCUAAAUAAGACUGUAAAACACAUGUGGCCUUUUAUUUGCCAAUUUAUAGAGAAGUUGUUUCGAGAAACCAUAGAACCUGCUGUGCGGGGAGCCAACACCCACCUCAGCACCUUUAAUUUCACGAAGGUGGACAUGGGUCAGCAGCCCCUUAGGAUCAAUGGUGUUAAGGUGUAUACUGAAAAUGUAGACAAAAGGCAAAUUAUUCUGGAUCUUCAGAUUAGUUUUGUAGGAAAUUGUGAGAUCGAUUUGGAGAUAAAACGAUAUUUUUGUAGAGCUGGUGUGAAAAGUAUACAGAUCCACGGUACAAUGCGGGUGAUCCUGGAACCACUGAUCGGAGACAUGCCCUUAGUCGGAGCUUUGUCUGUCUUCUUCCUUAGGAAACCACUUUUAGAAAUUAACUGGACAGGACUGACUAAUCUUCUGGAUAUCCCUGGAUUGAAUGGUUUAUCAGACACUAUCAUUUCGGAUGUAAUUUCAAAUUAUCUAGUACUUCCCAAUCGGAUCACCGUCCCUCUGGUCAGCGAAGUCCAGAUUGCUCAGUUGCGGUUUCCUGUACCAAAGGGUGUUCUAAGGAUACAUUUUAUUGAAGCUCAGGAUCUUCAGGGAAAAGAUACUUAUCUUAAGGGACUUGUCAAGGGAAAGUCAGACCCCUAUGGAAUUAUUCGAGUUGGCAACCAAAUCUUCCAAAGCAAGGUCAUCAAAGAGAACCUUAGUCCCAAGUGGAACGAGGUGUAUGAGGCUUUAGUCUAUGAGCACCCUGGGCAAGAACUGGAGAUUGAGCUCUUUGAUGAAGACCCAGACAAGGAUGACUUUUUAGGAAGUCUUAUGAUUGAUCUUACUGAAGUUGAAAAGGAGCGCCUGUUAGAUGAAUGGUUCGCUCUGGACGAGGUUCCCAAAGGCAAGCUGCACUUGAGACUGGAGUGGCUCACGCUGAUGCCAAACGCGUCCAACCUCGACAAGGUGCUCACCGACAUCAGGGCUGACAAAGACCAAGCCAAUGAUGGUCUGUCCUCUGCAUUGCUGAUCUUGUAUUUGGAUUCCGCAAGGAACCUUCCGUCAGGGAAGAAAAUAAACAGCAACCCAAAUCCUCUCGUCCAGAUGUCAGUCGGGCACAAGGCUCAAGAGAGCAAGAUUCGGUACAAAACCAAUGAACCUGUGUGGGAGGAAAACUUCACUUUCUUCAUUCACAAUCCCAAGCGCCAGGACCUUGAAAUUGAGGUCAGAGAUGAGCAGCACCGGUGCUCCCUGGGCAACCUGCGGGUCCCCCUCAGCCAGCUGCUCGCCAGCGAGGACAUGACCCUGAGCCAGCGGUUCCACCUCAGCAACUCAGGCCCCAACAGCACCAUCACAAUGAAGAUCGCACUCAGGGUACUUCAUCUUGAAAAGCAAGAAAGGCUUCCAGACCACCAACAUUCAGCUCAAGUAAAACGACCCUCUGUUUCCAAAGAAGGGAGAAAAAUCUCUGUCAAAUCUCAGCUGUCUGCCUCUCCAGGCCCCGGUGGCAGCAGCACAGCCCUGUCUACACCGGCCCUCGGGGGCAGCGAUAAGCUAGGCGCGGAAGAGAGAGCCCAGCCGCCCGAGGCCAGCCCUCAGGGCCCUCGCGACCUGGGCAAGAGCUCCUCCAGCCUCCUGGCGUCCCCCAGCCACGCCUCGGCCAAGGAGCCCACCCCCAGCAUCGCCUCAGACAUCUCCUUGCCCAUCGCCACCCAGGAGCUGCGGCAGCGGCUGAGGCAGCUCGAGAAUGGGACGACGCUGGGGCAGUCCCCGCUGGGGCAGAUCCAGCUGACCAUCCGGCACAGCUCUCAGAGGAACAAGCUCAUCGUGGUCGUGCACUCCUGCAGAAAUCUCAUCGCCUUCUCUGAAGACGGCUCUGACCCGUACGUGCGCAUGUAUUUGUUGCCAGACAAGAGGCGGUCAGGGAGGAGGAAAACACACGUGUCCAAGAAGACAUUAAAUCCAGUGUUUGAUCAAAGCUUUGACUUCAGCGUUUCGCUGCCGGAGGUGCAGAGGAGGACGCUGGACGUCGCGGUGAAGAACAGUGGUGGUUUCCUGUCCAAAGACAAAGGGCUUCUCGGCAAAGUACUGGUUACUCUGGCAUCUGAAGAACUCACCAAAGGCUGGACCCAGUGGUAUGACCUCACGGAAGAUGGGACGAGACCACAGGUGGUGACGUAGCCUCGCGGGCACAAGGCAUCCUCCCCCGUCUCUGCACGGAGCACAUCCCUCUCACAGACGCACCAAUCUUAUUUUUAUAAUUUUAUGUAUUUAGUUAUACAUAUCUUAACCGUUUUAUAAAAUGAUUGAUAUUUUAGGCGAAUUUGGCCAAUAUUAUCAUUAAAUUUUAUAUGUUGAAUUUCCUCUGGUUUCCACCAGGUGUUGCGAUGUGCCCUACGGUGGCGGCUGGUGGUGUGUUCUGCAAGCUCUGGCCAGCCGAGUCUGCGCAGGGCUCUGCGUGUCGCUUUGCGGGUGCCUUGCACUGUGUGUCACUGCGUGUCACUGAGUUGCCUGUGCCGUGUACAUAGACUCUAUUUUUUAUAAUCUCUACCUGCUGGUUUGAAUUCAGAAGAAAAUAGAGCAAGGAAAUAUAUAUUUUCUUCUAAGACUUAUUAAAUUCUUAUGAGAAAUAAUCAUUUUCAUCUUUGCAGCAAAAAGUUCUGUGACCUAUUUUGUGAUUUUUUUUAAAAAGAAAAACUGAAAGAUUAUUAAAUAGUAUAUUUCUGCCCAUUAUGAAUAAUGAAGUAUUCAAAAUAUUAACAUUUUCAUAAAUAUAAAGAUGUAUUAUUGAGAUGUAAGUUAAAGGGCUUAUAAGGAAAAAUGUUUUAUAACUGAGUAAUAUAAAAUAUUGAGAGAUUUGACAUAGGUUCAUAAAUCAGAGUGCACUAAUGUGUAAAAUCUUACAUAGAAAUGAAAUGUCUCAAGUUUAUUUUAAUCGCUUGUUGCAACAUUCAUGAAACAGUACACAGAUACAUAUGUUAUAUUUUCCUAAAACACAGGAGCAGACUGUCGGUGCAGCAGGGAGGCUGUGGCUAGUUGUCAGUGUCUUCCCAGCCUGUGAGAAGGAAGGGUGCGCGUUGCCACCGCGAGGCUGCGAGGCGGGUCGGGGUGAGUCGGGAGGACAUCGUGUCACAGACGUCCCUCUCGCUCCAGCUGCUCCGCAGGCGGAGGCGGGAUGGCUCAAGCCGGGAGCUCCGGGCUCGGCGCUUUGCUGACGGGGUGUCGCACCCCGUGUGGCAUCACUGUGGCAACCGCCCUGGUGAGCAGGCCCAGCUCGGAAAUGGAGCGGGUCGGGACUCGCGUGUGGCCCAGUGGUGUGAUCUGAUGGCUCGUGUACACGCAUGUACCGGGCUCACAUCACGUGGGAGGUGCUGCUCCCGGUGUUCACAGGCCCCCCAGGGCCAGCCCAGCAGCUCUUGUUUUUAAACAGCCAUUUACUAGGUUUCCUCACUUCAUGCCGUUACCGACCUUACUAUUGGGAUAUUAUUGUACAGUUUUUAUUUUGGAAUCUUUUUUUUCUGCUGAGAUUAUGGAAAGCAUGUUUCAUACACCUGAGUCCCCAGCCCCAGCCGCAGCGGCCCGGCUCCACGGCAGUGUCCUAGGCAGCGUGUCUGUGAGCACGCGCACACGCAGCAGCGUUUUCAGUGUGUAAGCCGUGUGGUGAAAUGGCUUCCUGGGGCAUGAGAACAUUUUAAAGCUAGGUGUGAAUCUUUUGGGGAAAAUACAGCUUUGGGAUUGAGGUUGGAGCUCCUACCUGACUCCUCGCACACAGCUGAGCGACUUGGGGACGACUCACAUGACCGACAGACCAAAGUGCCUGUGCUGACCUGGCUGGUGCCACACGCCCCUCCCUUCUGGUAGAGUUUAAUUUUGUGUCAGUUUAUAACUUACACUUUGAACCCUGGGUUUAUUUAUAGUGCAGUCGGUAGCUUCACGGCCAUCUCAUGUGAUCACAAAGGCCAGUGUGAUCUCACUGUCUCCCCUUCAAGGACACUUCAAAGCCUCGUUCUGACCCCUCCGGUGACCCUGGGGCUUGCGGAUGUGUCCGUGCACUCACAUGAUAGUGUGUGCACGCAAAGCAGUGUCAAAUGCUAUCUUGCAGCGUGAGAAAGACGUAACUUGUUAAAUCUAGCUGCUUUCCCACAGCAUUAGAUUUUUUGAAGGUUUUUUUAAAAUGUAGGUCUGCUAAAGGCCUGUUAUAACCUCAUUUUUCAAGAGAAGAAAUUCUCAUGGAAAUUUUAGCAUGCCAGUAAUUUUCACCAACACCCUGCACAUCUGGGGUCUGCACCCACAUGCCUAAUCUAGUCAUGUGUGUUUUGCUUAAUGGAAGCUGCCUUUAAGUGAUUGGGUGGAACAGAGGCCACCAAGGUAACCGCCCAGAGGAAGCCUGUUUGCUGCGCGAUGCCCUGCCCCCGCUGCAGUGAAGUCAGGAGAGCUGUCACCAGGGUUGGCACAAGGUCCCCACCUGUGGGGCUCUGGGGGCCGUCUCCAAGCGCUCUGAAAGGAGAGGAAGGAAGAGGGUGGUUCUGAGGCUCUAAUGCACCUUCCAGACGAGCAGGGGACAUUGAGAACUGCCAUCGAGGCCACCCUGUUAGCACUCAGGAUCCCAGUGACGGGAGACACUCGAGUUGUGUCACAGUGUUAAUUUUUAGUUUUUAAUAAUUGAUUUAUCUGGGAAAAGAUAACUUUAACUUUUGUACUUGGAGCCAAGCCACUGCAGGGAAAGUUAGCUUAGAUGGAGUUGAAGUGCAGCUCUGUUAGCUUGUACGUGUGGGUUCUUAUCCUGUGCCUUAAAGUAUGAAGGUGUUUCCGAGCUUCAGAUUCAGACAGAAGAUGUGUAGCGAUGCUGACCGCAGUUCAUAUUCUGUACUAUAAGAAUCCCUGUUACAGGUGUUCUCUGUCUAGAGAAUAAAGCCCUUUUUCAAGAACAUAAGCCAAAUGCCAAUCCGUGUAUAUAGCUGCGUUUAUUCUGUGGUUGCUACGUUAAUUCUGAUUCUAGCUGGAGUGCCCACUGCAAACGGACAGCAGCGGAGGAUUUUUUAAUUACAGAAUGUCCUUUUUGCUUAACUAAUUUUACAUGACACUGCAUGUAUUUAUUUAAUAAAACUUUUAUGUUAGCUCA